GCGGGACUUCCAUUUCCAUUUCGCUCCCAAAAAAUCCAAAACCAUUUUCAAAGAGAUGAACAUCGCUUCCGUCCCGGAGCUCUGUCUACAGCUGAUUUCUUCUGCAUUUCAACGAUGCCGUGCCUCCGACGACCUCUGCAGACUCUCGGUCACUCUCCGGCGAUCUCCUCUUUCCAAUCUCGUCCGAGUUUCAGUCUCGGAUACUGGCGUUGGAAGCUGCGUGGAGGAGUUUGAAGCUCUGAAGAUUUCCAGGGAGGCUCUCGGCGCCGGGAUUUGGGGUGAGUGGAAUGGAAUGCUUUCCGUCACAACCACCGGUAUUGGUGAUAAUGUGAUACAUCACUAUGAGAUGAAUCUACAAGAAGCCGUGUCUGAGAGGAGGAUGACUUGGCUGCCUUCGAAUCCGAAGAAUGGGCAGAAAUUCAGUGGGACUGAAGUGUGUCUGUCGAUUUUCGAGAGCAUUGAUGAUUUGCUGGGAGAGGUUACUCGCUUCUUCCAAAAGAUCCUCAUUCUAAAGAUCCCUAAUGUUUUAAUUCAGCUGGUGGCUGAGCAUGGGGAUGUUUCUGGAUCACAAUAUGAAAAUGUGUUCCUGGCAAAUGAAUGGAGAGCUUUACCUUUCUCGGCCUCAAAUCUUGAACGAAUAAAGUCAGGUCUUGAGGACUAUGUUUUUAAGCAUGGAAAUACAUUACAAAAGAAAUGUGAGUCGUGCUUCUCAAAUUGGGAUCAUCUGAAGGUUGGGACUGGAGUAGCAUGCCACACAGAAAGCCGUAGAUAUUCAGAAUCAACUAUGGAAGCUGUGAUUGUAAUAAGUGAAAUAUCAGAUCUAGCAAGUUCUUGCAUGAGGACAUGUGGCUCAAAAACUGAGGUUUUGUGUUUCAAAGAUUUCUCACCUUGUCCAGUCUCCCAAUCAUCUGUGAAGGCAUUAGAAAGCAUUGACUGGAAAAGUUAUGGAUUGAAUUUUGGGGGAGUUGUGGAGCAGGGUGGCUAUGCAUUACUGAAAUGGGAGAACUUGCCACCAAAUGUUCAAAUUGACAUUUCCCUUCACCAUUACCGUAACCAAGUACAAUCAGCAAGGCUAAAGAUGCAACCUGAUCAAAAACUUGUAAAGAAGGCAGUUAAACUUGCACUGAAUGAUUUGAAGGAAAAAAACGCUGGAGUUUUUCUAAGCGCUCAUGCCCUCAAGGUCCGUAAUUGUGCCCCCGAUCUUGCUAAAACAAUUUCUAGCCUGAUUCUGUGUUCCAACGACUCAAAUUUCCGAGAUGAAUGCUUUUCCUUUCUUGGCUUACCGUCUCAAGGAGUAGGAAGUGAACUUGUUGAAGAGUGUAUAAAGGGAAAGAUCAUUUCAGUCAUAGAGAUGAACGACAGAGAACAACCUCACAGAAGCAAAGAAGAUCCAUCUUAUCUUUUUGAAGAUUAUCACUUCCAGGAUGCAGGGUAUCAAGAUGAGGAGUAUGAAUGUGAGGAUGCCUUUACGGCCAUGGAUAUAUAAACUUGAGCAAUCCACAUAGGGCAAUGCCAAUAUGAAUCGGUAUGAUUACAAAUGAGUAACUGGUAGAUUAUAUUAGGAAAAGGUGUGUAUGGAAUGACAGUUCUUUUGGAUUGUAGAAAAAAAAAAAAAAAAAAAAAAAAAGAAUACAUGUUUGGCUUUGAAUGACAUUUGUCAUUGCGAAAUUUAUGAGGAAUUUU